AUAAAGAUGGUGUUGAUUAUGUUGAUGCGAAUGGUAGAGUGUUGGAAGACCUCUAGCCACACCCAAAUCUGAAAGAGUUGAAUGUAGAAGGAUAUGGAGGCAUCACAUUUCCAAGUUGGAUGAUGAUUAAAAUGGUUUCAUGGCUGCCAAACUUAGUUCGCAUCACCAUACAAAAUUGUAGAAGAUACCAACAUCUUCCAUGGUUUGGUGAUCUCCCUUUUCUGAAGUUUUUCAAACUCCAAUCUCUAAGUGCACUUGAGUACAUAGACAACAACUGCAUUGGGUCUUCUUCUGUUGCUAACACUGCUAGUGACGCUGCUGUUGAUACUCCAUCUUCUUCAAGGAGUAAACUUAUGAAUGCUGCAACAAGAGGGUCUUUCUUUCCAGCUCUCGAAAAACUUUUACUUGAUGGUUUGCCUCUUCUGAAGGAAUGGCCGAGGGAAGUAGUUAUGGCUAAUGAUCAUGGGGAAAUAGCACCAGCUCCACAACAAUCAUCUUCAUUAUGUUUUCCUCACCUAACUAGUUUGGAAAUCGACCAUUGCUCUAGCCUGGUAUCAAUGCCAUUACUUUCAUCUCUGGAAGAAUUGACCAUGAGACAUGUAAGUGAGAAGCUCUUACAGUCUAUGACAGUGCAAACAGAACUUGACAGACAAAUAACAGAAGCAGCCACUUCAGGUCCAUCAUAUCCCCUCUGCAAACUACAGACCCUGCAUAUCUGGUUCUGUGAAGAUCUAGUAUCUUCAUUAGAACUAGGCUUGAGAAACCUCACUUUACUAAGGGAUUUGCAGAUUAUUGACUGUCAUAAGCUAGUACAAUUACCAGAAGAAGGAUUAAGGUGCUUAGUUUCUCUUCAGUCUCUUCAGAUCAAUUCUUGUAGCUGCCUGACUUCUCUGUCUCGAGGAAUCCAACACCUUACUACCCUCCAGAAGCUAGAAGUAUUGCAAUGUGGAGCAUUUGAUUGGUCAAAUGAAGACGAUGGCUUGCUAGGUCUUGUGAAUCUUCAGUCUUUGUAUAUUUCAAUGCUUCCAAAGUUGACUUGUCUUCCUCAUGGGCUUCAACACCUGACUACAUUACAAGUUCUCUCUAUUUCAUUCUGUGAUGGUUUGGUGACUUUACCAGAGUGGAUGGGGAACCUCGUAUCACUUGCAAAGCUUUAUAUCCGCCAUUGCCACAAAUUAGAGUCUCUUCCUGACUCUCUGCGUUGUCUCUCAAUGUUAAAACAAGUGGACAUUAUUCAUUGUGAACUCUUAUCCCAAAGAUGCCAAAGGGAAGGUGGCACAGAAUGGCCUAAGAUAGCUCACAUCCCAAUGAUUUGCGUUAUUUGCUAAAGGAUGAAGAUCAAACCAUAAAAAUAGGGAGUGGUAGAGUCCCAACUAACUUCUGCCUACCCAGCUAAAACCUGAGGAGCACUUCUUAGAGGAAGAAAUGAAGUGUUUAAGAUAUACUGCUAUUUCAAUUUUCGGGUGAUUGGUGUUUCUACAAAUUAUGAUUUACAAAGUAUAUUAUGAUUUAGAGAGAGAGAGAGGAAAAGAAAACAGAUGGAAUCACUCUCUGAUCUCUGGUUGCCAUGAAAAGGAGGGACACAAUAAGCACACAGUAAAAUUCUUAAUUUUAAAUGUUAUUUUCAAUUUUCUAUUUCCUUGGUUUCCAAUAACUUAAGAGAUUUUUUUUUUUAAUCUUCUUAUUUUUUAAACUUUCUGUAUGCAUAAAUUCAUUAUAAUCGUAUCAUUUUUCGUCUUUUGUUGCUCAUUCCCCUUGUGUUUUGAUAUUUGUAUAUAAAAAACGAGAUCUUGGGAAUGCUUUUAAUAUUUGUUAAAGAUCAGUGCAAUUAAAAUUAAGCCGUGAAUCAGAGGAAUUAAGUUUUAUCAAAGUUAUCCCUCUUGUAUUAAGUCCUCAUGCCACACAUCAAAACUAUUUAUUAAAGUUUAAUUCUGUUUACUACUUAAAUUAGAGUCUUUUUUUUUAAAAAAAUAUUUUUCAUUUGAUGGGAUCCCUAGAAUUUGUUUUCUAUCUCUUUUGCCUUUGUGGUUGGAAGUGAUUGCUAGUGGUUGGUCUUGGGAGUACAUGAUCAAUAUUGGCCAUAGCUUAUUGUUCUUCUUUGCUGUAAUUAACCUAUGUAAGCAACUCAAAUUCUCUUAAUUUUACUUUUAAAUUUCAAGGGACAAAACUAUAUUGAACAAUAUUAGUUUCUUUGUAAAUAGGGUGUUUGCCCAGGUGAGGAUUUAAUCAAUCACCCUGCAUACAGACUAAAUAUUAAGGUACUUUUUGGUUUACUGAAAUUGCUGGAAUCAAACAUUCCAUCAAAAUUUUCAUUCCUAUGUGUGGUUGAUUCAAAAAAAUAAUGAAAAAUGUAUUGUAAAUAGAAUCAUCAUUCACUAUUAUAAGAGAAUAAUCAUUUGUAAGCCUAAGGAAGGUGAUGUAAGAUUUAUGAAUUAACUAUACAUUCAGGCCUCGUUUGGCAACCCAACUUUUUAGUUAAAAAGCCAAAAAGUUACAAAAAAAGCUAAAAAGCCUAUAAAUUUCACUCUACACAGCUAUGUACAGUAUCUUCACGUGAUGUGUGGUAGAUGCAGUGUAAAAAGACCGUUUGGCCCCUCAUUGAUUUUCGUUAUUCCGUUUUCACCCUCGCUUUAUGUCAAACACUGAUGGGAAUAUUUCAGAGCUAUUAUUUUCAGAGCUAUUAUCACAGAGGAGGGUGUACUAUCUUCAGCUAUUCAAGUUGAAUCAAGAUGAAGAGGGUUCUUCGUUCAACGCCAGAAAAUAGUAGAAGCUCUGAUCUGAAGAGAAAGAAAAACAAAGCGACGACGACAGUCCGCGAAGGCCGACAGAGAAGCAGUCCAUCCCCCGACGAUUCCCCCAGCCGCAGUCACAUGGUGUCACAUCGAUCUGCGCCUCAUACCCCUUCCGGCAAAGGGAAAAGGCAACGACCCUAUCAUAAAGCAACUUGGGAUGGGGAGUCGACACAGAUUUUCUUGGAACUGGUUGUUAAGGAAAUUGAAGCAGGAAACCGGCCACACAUGUCAAUCACUCCAAACGGGUAUCGUUCGUUGUCUAAGACAUUUGAGGCAGCAACUGGGCGGCUGCAUUCCCCGAAACAACUUAAAAACAAGUAUAUGCUGUUGAAGACCGAGUGGCGUGCGUGGUGUAAGCUAAUGGAUUGCCGGAAAGGCCCAACUGGAAUUGGCUUUGACCAAGUUACUGGGCUGUUCAAUGCUUUGGCUGAUUGGUGAGCUAAAAUGGAAAAGCAUUGGCAAGCAUAAUUGUUUGGACUUGGUAAGCAUUAGUAGCAGUAUGUUAAUGACACAGUGAUCCAACAGAACAGACUGACAUUUGUAGCUUCUGCUUGUACACAACAACUGUUGUUUGUCAUUCCCUCAGCAUCCUAAAUUGAUUGGGAGCAAGCAGCAUUGCAUAAUGUCCUGCAAACCAGCUGCAUCUGUGCAAUGUUCUGUUCCAGCUGUAUCUGUGCAAUAUUCUGUUCCACUGUUGUUUGAAUGAAUGUAUAGUUGGUAUAGAACAAGUCCAUUUUGAAUUUAGCAAGUCCUCUCUUCAGAUUGACAAUGUAUGUUGCAAGUUCAGAACCAAAACCUUGGACCAUCCGGAUUUGAUGGAGCGCGUCUUCACUGGUGCUGCGGCUACGGGGAAAAAUGCAUGGACACCCGGCAAGACUUGUAACCCAAUGGAGUUGGACAGAGAGUCGGACAGUCCAGAAUUUUCCAGUGACAGCAAUGAAUUAGGCGCAUCGGAAAUGGCAGCCAUGAUGAACUCCGCACAGAUCAAUGCCACGGGUAGUGGAAGUAAGUGGAAGCAUUCCUCGGGGAAAACAGCCCAAAACAAGCACGUUACCGGGGCUGCAGCGUUGGCAAGCAGCAUGGACGACUUGCUAAAUUCUGUGAAGACCCAGAGCAAGGAAUUAACUGUCAACCACGUCGUCGGGGGCCAUAGUAUUACUAUGGGACAGGCUGUUGGACGGCUAUAUGAAAUACAGGGACUAGAGCCUGAAGAUGCUCCAUUUUGGAGUCAUACUUAUGGAGGUUCCGAACAAUCAGGAAAUGGUAAUGAGUAUUCCCACGGACCGAGGCAUAAUCGGAUGGCUACAAGCGAAGAAACAAGACAAAGAUAGGAAUGGGGUUGUCACUCUUGCGAGUUUGCUGCGGAAUGAAGGAGUUCUAUUUUAAAUCUACGGAAUGGACUUCGAUUUUAAUUUCAGUUGAAUUGUGAACUUUUUUUUUCCUUUGUUGUGUUUAAUUUUAGUUGAAUUGUGGUUUGAAGAUGGUUUGGGCAGGGUCGUGCCUGUGGGUUACAGAUCCUUAACUGGACAAUCGGGAUAUGUUUGUGGUAUGAACAAAGACGAUGACGACCCCGCACAGAUGGAUCAAAUGUUAGAGGAUGUCGCAGCUCUCGCAAGACAGUGGCAUCAUGAGAUGAAUUUAAAUUAUGUUGAAGCCUACAGAAUUGCAACUGACUACUACAAGGCGUACGUCCUUAAAGUCCCAUGCCGUACUUCCAUAUUCUCGGGGAGGGCAUGGAUUACGGAAUUAUAUGAGGGUCACAGUGGCCGCUUCCGGUAUGAAUUGUGCAUGCCCAAACAGGUGUUCAUUCGGUUAUGUAUGACGUUGGUAAAUGACUUCCAGUUGCGUGUACCCGAGCGGCCGCACGGUUUGCACAUCGAGGAGAGUGCUACAAUAUUUAUUCAUGUGCUUAAAAACUUGCCAAACCGGGAGUUACAAGAACGCUUCCAACAUUCCGGUGAAACUAUUUCACGGCAUUUUCAUACCGUCUUGAAAGCAAUGAAAAAAUUCACUGUCAUUCACUGCAGGCCCCCUGCUAAUUUCCAGACGCACAGGGAUCCUAUUUUGCAAUCUCAACGACAGUACAUGCCGUUCAAGGAUUGCUUAGGUGCAUUGACUGGGCACAUGUACCGGCAUGCAUAAAGGAGUCAGAAGCAGCCCCAUAUUUCAACCGAAAGGGGUGUCACACCCAGAAUAUUUUGGCGGUAUGUGAUUUCAAUAUGUGCUUUGUGUUUGUGUCGUGCGGGUGGGAGGGCAGUAUGCACGACAGUCGGGUUUUAAGCAACGUAACGGAGGAUCCACAAUACAAUUUUCCAACUGUAACUGACGGUCGCUAUUACCUUGUGGAUAGUGGAUACAGCAAUAAAAAGGGCUUUCUGGCACCAUACAAAGGCAACAGAUACCACCAAUCGGAAUUUCAAAGGCACAAUCCACGGAACCGUGACGAAUUGUUCAACCGCGCUCACUCAUCUUUGUAAAGCGUGAUUGAGCGUACAUUUGGCGCUUGGAAGAUGCGGUGGAGAUUUCUAAAAGGCAUGCCUCGAUUUGAUUUCCGUAAAGUGCAGGUGCCAUUGGUUGCAGCGUCCAUGGCUUUGCAUAAUUUCAUAUGCAAAAAUAGUGUGGACGAUAAGAUUGUUGUUGCUGUCAGCAAUGCGGCCGAGUAUCGAUAUCCGGACAUGCCUAACUGGGACGAUUUGGCUGCCCUUGAUGAUGCGAUGACGCCUGGCGAUGAUGACGUUGAGAUGGCAUAGUUGCGGGCGCGUAUCAGGGCAGAGUUAGUUGCAAUUUGGCGAAAUGCUGGUUAGAUGGACAUGUUAUGUGAUGCAUGUCAUCACUAAAUUUAUUUGAAAUUAAUUGGAGACUUUUAUUCACGUACAUAAUUGGUUAGCAAUUAUGUAUGACCAUGUAUGUCACUGUUUUUAUAUAACUAUGGAAUACUGACUUGGUUAUGAUUUUAGGUUGGUUAUGAUUUUAGGUUGCUUACCAAUUAUGGUUUGAUUAUUA